AUGCUUCAGAAUCUCGCCUCUCAGACGGGCGUUGCCGCGAUCGGCCAUUUCGCGGCCGACUGGGCGCGGCGCAUCGGCGGGCUGGCCUUCGAGGCCGGGCAGCUGGCGGCGGCGGCAGAGCAGCUGGGCGGCACGCGCAUCCUUCUGCUCAUCAUCUUCCUGGUGGGCGUGCUGGCCGGCUGCUGCUGCUGCACGACCUGCACGCUGGAGGACUAUCAGAGCCGCCUGUUGCUGCGCCUGUGCGACGCCGACGAGUUCGAGCACGAGCUCGGGACACCUCCGACGAGUCCGACGAGCCCGCUGUGGAUGGCGGCGACCCCGGACGAGGACAUCUACCCGCACGAGCUCGAGGUGCCUCCGCUCCACGCGAUGGUGCCGUGCGAUCGGACGGGCCAGCCGCUUUGGCGCGAGCGGAUCGGCGGGGACGGCCGCCGGCUACCCCGCCCGUGCUACGGCGCCCAGUGGCAUCCCUCGCCCCUCGAGUUCAUGGAGCUCCUCGGGUCCUGCAACGCGAGGCCGGAGGGGGAGGAGGUGGCGCUGGCAGCGCCGCCGGAGGGGCCGCCGCGGGUGGAUGGGACAGCGACUCCUUCUGACGGGCUCGCCCGGGGCUCAGGGAAGCUGGUGGCGAGUGAGAACAGGCGGUGGCUGAUCACCGCUAGCGAGGACGACAGCGACGUGAACGUGCUGGCCGACUUCGACGCUUGUGAGUGGUACGCGGUGUGCGACUCCCUCGCGGUCGUGAAGGCGGGCGGCAAGGUCUACCUGGCCAAGGCGGUGACGGAGAAGCAGGCGGAGAGCUCGAUGGAUGCGCGCGUCAUGCCCAUCCUGCACGGGCUCGACGGCGAGAGGCGGCGCGUCUUCAAAGACGCCGUGCGGGGGAUGUCGGAGACGCCCUGGACGGGGUGGCCUGUGAAGGGCCCCCGCACCGCGCUGUGGUGCGUCCGCUUCUUGGCGGAGCAAGACUCGCAUCCGCGCGCCCGCCACACCAAGUGGCGCGCGGAGUGCGGCCUCGGGCCGGCCGACGUCGGCGUCUCCGACCACGAGCUGGCGAUGCGGGCACUGGAGCUGGGCGCCGGCUUUGACCAGCUCAACUUGACGGAGCUGGCGCUGGUGGAGCUCCUCGUCCGCCGCGCUCAGCUGGCGGAGUGGAGGCACCGCGAGCGGCUGCUGAAGAGCAGCGGCGACGAGUACCUGGAGGACGAGUACCUGUACAUGGGGACCUCGGAGACGAGGGGGCUUCUCAUGGUGUGCCCGACGCUCGUCGAGCACAUCCAGGCGGAGCUGCACAAGGAGGCGACGCUCAUGAAGGAGAAAAGGAAGCUCCGCGAGGAGCGGAUGCUGUCGCGGGGCCAGGGCUCUGGCGGCGGCGGCGGCGGCGGCAACAAGGCGCUGCAGGACAAGGUGGCCGCGCAGGCCGCGGAGAUCAGCAAGCUCCAGGCGAAGUUGAAGGGCCCCCAGACCGGCAGCAAAGCGCGGCAGGGGCAGUACGCCGCGCAGUGGCUCUCAGAGGCUUUGCACGCAGUGAAUUCGCUGUACGGGCAUGGGGCUCCUCGUCGGGAUCUUCAGGCUUCGUGCGCCCAGCUCGCUGGCAUCGACCACGUCCGCGAGAUCAUUCAGGAGGCCGGGCCUCCACCUUUUUCAGGAGCGGCAGCCCAUGCUGAGCUGUGCUCUCACUUGCCGGGAUAUGCAGAAGACACCGUGCGCCGAGCCUCCUACACCGAGGGGCUGGUCUCCCUGCCGACCGCUGGCGGGCAGUGCGUUGGCGCUGACUGCUUGACAGGUCGUGCCCGCGAGUUGUGGGUAGGAUGGCAGAAGCAUCUUCUUCGCGAAGGAGGGCCGCCCGAUGGUCCUCGUCUUCGCCCUUUCUCCGACCCGAAAUUUGUGCAUUGCAUGAAGACCUACUCUCGAUUUGUUGGUGAGUUGCUGAGCCGAGGCCUGAUCGACCUCGGCGAGCGGACCGAGAGCACGGUGGGCAUCUUCUUCGUUUUCAAGAGCGACAAGCGGUCCCUCCGCAUGAUCGCGGACACGCGGGUGGCGAACAUGCGGUUCCGGCCCCCGGCAUAUUCGGAGCUGCCGACGGCUGGGGCUUGGAGCAGCUUGGCCGUGCCAGAAGGCAAGUCCCUCCACUUAGCCCAGAUGGACGUGGAUAACGCGUUCUACAGGAUCGCCACGCCGCCUGGGCUACGCGACCAUUUCGUGCUCCCCGCGGUUGACCUCGAGGUGCUCCGGGCCGAGAGGCCCGACCUGGCGGGGCAGCUGCCCGCCUGGCGGAAGGCGUCGCCUCGGCUGGUGGUCCUCGCAAUGGGCUGGAACUGGAGCCUCUUCUUCUGCCAGCAGAUGGUGGAGACGCAGGUGCUCCGCAGCGGCCUGGCCUGGGAACGGCUGGCGCGGGACCGACACCCCACUCCUGCUCUCGAGGAGGGGCCUGCCGCGGCCGUCUACGUCGACGGUGCUGCCGUGGUCGGGCUCGACUACGCCGAGACCCUGGAGACGGGGCAGCGGGUGCGCGACUCGCUGGACGCUGCGGGCCUGACCUGCAAGGGGCUCGAGGGGCCCAGUGCAGAGGCAACGUUCACCGGCCUGGUGUUUGACGAGGCGAAGGGCCGCGUUGGGCUCAGUCGCCGGCGCAUGUGGCGCAUCCGGCUGAGCCUGCUGCACGUCGCGGACCGCGGCUCGGCGACCGGCGACGAGGUGCGGGUGCUCCUCGGCCACUUCACGUGGGGCGCGCUGGUGCGUCGCGAGCUGCUGUCGAUCUUCUCGGCGGCCUACCGGUUCGCGACCUGGGCCGGUGGGCGGCGGCGCCGCCUGUGGAGCGCCGUGGAGGCCGAGCUUCGCAUCGCCGCAGCGCUCGUCGUGUUCGGCUACGUGGACUGCCGCCGCCGGCCAGACCCCGUGGUGCUGGCGACCGACGCCUGCGGGGCCACGGACGCCGAUGCUGGCGGGUUCGGCGUGGUGAGCCGCGCCUGGGACCCGCGUGACGUCGGCCGUGCCUGUGCGCAGGCCGAGCGGUGGCGCUACCGCGUCUCCGAGGCAGUCUCAGCUCGGGCGCACGCUCUCGGGCUGUCGGAGUGCCCGCCUGCCGCCUCUCUAUCGUGUGCUGGUAAAAGUUCGUGUCCGCCUUCGGGUACGCCUCUUGCGAGGACUCCGCCGCCUGCCUCGGACUUCGACCGGGCGUUCGGGGACAUGUACUCGGGGACCGUCUCGUUCGAGCAGAUCACAUCAGAGCACGUCGGCAGUUUCGAAUCGUGGCAGCUCCGGGUCAAGGGCAGGUUCAACCGAGCCGAGAACAUCAUCCGUCUCGAGGGGCACGGGCUCGUGAUCGGCAUUCGGCACCAUCUUCGAGCCGUCUCGCGGCGGGGGCGCAAGCUGCUCAUGUUGUGCGACAACCUGGGCCUCGUCUUGGCCCUGGGGAAGGGCCGGGCGGCCGCUCCCAUCGUGAACAGGACGUGCCGCGAGGCCGCCGCGUUAAGCAUCCUUGGGGACAUGUCGGUGACCGUCCGGUGGGUCCCCUCGGAGCUCAAUCCCGCCGACCGUCCGUCUCGCAUGGCCGGCGCCUCGGCUCGAGACCCGCGCGCCGACCCUCGGAGCGCCAGCUUCGACCCCGCGGCGGCGCCGCCCUGCGACGCGGCCGCCGCCUUGCACGCGGCGGUCGACGAGGCGCUCCUGGGCGGCGAGCUCGACUGGCUGGGGCGGCCACAGGCGGGCGUUGCGGGGCUUGGCGACGCCCUCCUGGACGACCCGCUGCCCGGCGGUGCUGCCCGCCUGCAUGCUGAAGCGGCGCCCGGUGGCGACGCCCUUGACGAGCGCUCCGCCCGCGGAGAGCUCGCGACCUGGGGUGGCUUGCCGGCUUCCGAGGACAGCGGCAGUUCGAGUUCCGACGCCGGCUCCGAUUGCGGCGAGACCGUCGGCCCCAGCACCCCCCGCGGGGACGGGCCGGGGCGCCCCGGCGAGCCGGCGAGGGUGGUCGAGAGGAUCGGCCGGCGGGCUGCCCGCCGCCGCUCGGCUGCGGCGUCUGCGCCGCCGGUGCUGCUGCCGGGCGGCAGCCGGCCGCUGGGCUUCCUGGAGAGCAGGCGCGUGACGGAGAAGAGCCGCGACACGCUCUGCCGCGAGGUCGGGGCGUUCAGGGAGUGGUGCCGGGCGCAUCGCAAGGACGUGAGCUCCCGGACGAUGCUCGACGAGGCGCUCGUGGAGUACCUGGACUGCCUCUACUUCGACGGCUACAACCACGAGAGGGGCGACAAGCUGCUGUCAGGCCUGGCGUUCGAGGAGCCGAUGUUCAGGCGCGGCGGGGUGGAGGACCUGGCGCGGGCCCGCGCUGCCCUCCAGGGCUUCCGCCGCCUGGCACCUGGACAGGCAAGGAUGCCGCUGCCGCGGCCCGAGUUCGCCGCGCUGCUGGGGGCGGGGAUCGUGGCGCUGGGCCUGGACUUCGGGAUCAGCCUGGCGAUCGCGUGGGACGGAGGGCUGCGGCUGCCGAGCGACAUCAUGAGCCUGCAGGGGCGGUCGCUCAUCCCUCCGCCGCCGCACUCGGGAGUCACGAACUGGGGCCUGCUGCUGUACCCGGCCGAGGCCGAGGCAAGGAGCAAGUCGGGGCACAAGGACGAGGGGCUGCUGCUCGACGGCGCUUUCACGAAGGGCAUCGAGGCGCAGCUCUGGCGGCUGAAGAGGGCGGCGGGCGAGACCGGCUGCCUGUGGAGCUUCACCGCCGCGGAGUUCAGGGCGGGCUUCAAGCGGGCUGCCGCCAUGAUAGGGCGGCCGUCCCUUCACCCGUAUCAGGUGCGGCACGGCGCGGCCAGCGACGACGCGCUGUAUCGCAGGCGGACCCUCACCGAGAUCCAGGAGCGCUUGCGACACUCCCAUCCCAAGAGCACGCUGAGAUACAAGAAGCACACCCGGUACCUCGCCGAGCUCGGCAAGGUGCCGCCGCGCGUGAGGGCGUACGGCGAGGCGGUGGAGGCGCAGAUUGCGGCGGUCCUGAGCGGGCGCCUGGCCGGCCGCCUGCGGCGCCUGGGCGACACGCUCGUGCGGAACAGGCAGCUGGCUGCAGGCGCGGUGCGGGCCGGGCUGAGUGACGCCCUUCGCCGUGAGCUAGGCGGCGCCGCCGCGUGCUAUCUCGACCUUUUUGCAGGCUCGGGCGGUGUCGCCCGCGCGCUCAGGAGGCUUCACUGCGUUAGCCUCGAGAUGGAUCUUCGGCAGUCUGAGUUUUUCGACCUGGCCUCCAAAGUGGUUGGCCAGACCAUCGUCGGCUGGAUCUCCAGCCGCCUCGUCCUUGCAGUGUUCGCCGCGUUCCCGUGCUCGACCUGGUCCCAGGCAGCGCACAACUAUUAUAGAAACCCCCGCAAUAUUUAUGGCCACCCGCACCUUGAAGGCGAGGCGUUGGAGCGCCUCCUGAUAGGCAAUGCGACGUUGGUCGUCACUCAGAUGAUAAUUCGCGCUUGCAUACACCAUGGCGUGCCCAUCAUAUGUGAGAACCCGCUCAGCAGUUAUGCCUGGCAGGAGCCGGUCAUGCGCCAUCUGUCGCUGAAUUCUCGUUGCCGCGAUGCCGUGUUCGACAUGUGCCAAUUCGGGACCGCCUG